AUGUACGCGGAAAGUUGGAAUGCGAUAGAGAACUUUGUAGGUUGGAGGGUUCAAAAUGACGGGAAGAUGCUGGCGAUGGCCAUGGCGAAAUGCGAAUCAUGCAGCGUCUAUGACUUGUCGUAUAAUGGGCUCGGGGACAACGAGGGCAAGGAGAUCGCCAAGGCGCUCAAGAUUAACUUCACCAAGAACGAGAAGCCCUACGCCGGAGUGCCGGGAGCCAAGAUCUACGGCACCAUCGUGAAGCUGAACCUAGCCAACAACAACCUACACGCCGAGGGCAUCCGAGCCCUCUGUGAGGCUCUCACCUCCAGCAACCCACGAAUAUCCUUCUCGCUGGAGGAGCUCGGGUUGGCCAAUAAUGCUGCUGGGCCCGAAGGAGCCGUCGAGCUCGCCAAAGUCAUCUCAUCCAACCGCAUCAUCCGGCGACUGAACUUGAGCUGGAACAACAUCGGGACCACAGGCGUCCUCGCCAUUCUCAACGCCCUGCAACAAAGUCACCUCAAGGCGAAAUUUGACCUCUCAUAUAACUCCAUCGACCUUGGCGACCAGACGCUGCUGGAGAGCUGGCCAGAGUUGAUCACGCGACUGAAACGAAUGAAGAUUAAAGACCGGAUCGAAGAGGUGAUUGUCGGUUGGGAGCUCCUCGGUCUUCAUACGUUGCCAACCAAAUGA